GGCAACCGGACUACACGUUUUCAUGUUAUGUCGUUUGGCAGCGUUGUAUGUUCCUCCUCAUGAGUGCGUUGGAUAUAACAAGAACUACGUCCACUUUUUCAGUGCUUUUUCCGCUCGUGGUCGACCAACAUUGCGUGACAAGCGGGAACGUAAAGUCUAAAAAAUGAAUGUUCCAAGUACAAAAUGUGUGUGCCGAAUUGAAGAUACUCUCUAAAGACGUCAGUGGAUUCCAAACGAGCAGCACCCGAGUGAUUCUUUUAAAUGUUCGCUUGAAUUUCGCAAAGUCUAGAAGCUAAAAGUGAAGUUUGGCUCAAAGCCGGAAGGUGUUUGUGUCGUGACGUCACUGCAGCGCUGCCGAGCUCGCCUAAUUUCGUUCAAGUUUCAAAGCAGUUAAUUUAACGGGGAUCAACACACCUCAUUUGAAAGUGAUCAAAGCGAACUACUGAAAUAGACCUGACCGAUGGUUGGUGAUAGUGUAUUCCGAUGCCUUUUAAAAACAGGAACUUCCAGGUGUCUCGUUGGAAGACAUGUAGUUCUUAAAUACAUUUAAUAACAAAAUGACAUUUUGUACAUGGCUUGCGGACGGGGCCACCUCUUCUAAUGGAAGCAGCGACCAUUCAGCCUCCAGUCAAGUGAAAGUGAAACUGUGGCGUGGAAAGAGGAACUUGAGGUGCUGUCAUCAAGAAGCGUUGCUGAUCUUCAGGUUUGCAUGCAGAGCUGUGAUUGGUGUGAGCAUGAGCCAGCGGAGCAGAGAGCAGCCCAGACGUCCUCUAUUUCCACUCUGGAUCUGAGGGACAAUGUCUACUCCUGCUUCUUGGUCUUAAACCUAAAAAAAAAGACUGGACCCCGCCUGCCGCCGCCUUCUAUGACACGCCUUCGUCUUCUUUGUCGUCAUAAUGGCGAGAAAGGACUAUAAUCAUCUCUUUAAGUUGCUCAUCAUUGGCGACUCCAAUGUCGGGAAAAGCAGCCUCCUGCUCCGCUUUGCUGACAAUUCCUUCUCUGGAAGCUACAUCACCACCAUCGGCGUGGACUUCAAGAUCAGAACGGUGGACAUUGACGGCGAGCGUGUCAAGCUGCAGAUCUGGGACACGGCGGGGCAGGAAAGAUUUCGAACCAUCACAUCAACGUACUACAGAAAUACGCACGGUGUCAUCAUUGUGUACGAUGUCACCAACCCCGAGUCCUUUGUCAACGUCAAGCGGUGGCUCAAUGAGAUCUCUCAGAACUGCGACAACGUCUGCAAGAUUCUGGUGGGAAACAAAAACGAUGACCCGUCCAGAAAGCAGGUGGAUACCCAGGAUGCACUGCAUUUUGGGGAGUCUGUGGGGGUGCGUGUGUUCGAGACCAGCGCCAAAGAGAACAUCAACGUAGAAGAGAUGUUCAUGGCCUUCACCCACAUGGUGCUGCGGGCCAAGAAGCAUAGCCAGAACCGAGCCGAGAGGGAUCGUGAGCGUGAGAAGGACACGGUCAACAUCAACGCGCAGAGAGAGCGAGACCGCAGGAAGCGAGGCAAGAAAUGCUGCUGAGAGGACAGGAAGUAACCUUCAUCCUGCCCUGCUUGUGUUCUUCUUACACUUGAAAAGGACUCGUCAGGCGAGAGGACCAGGAAGUAGAACACAAACAGCGCCACGUUGUUAAUUUGCACUUUUCCGUGCCACAAUCAAACGUCACUGAAAGGGAAGUUACUAGGAACUAACACGUGCUAACAUGUGAUCAGUAGCGUUGAUGUUUUUAAUGUACAAUAAAGUCUUACCUCUAA